AUGGCAUCGUCUUCACCGCCGACUCCGGCGAAGACACUACGGUCCGGCAGCAGUGGAAGAAAUGCAUUUUCGGGCAGGGGAGUCAUUGUUUUAGGUAUCAGCGUGGUCGUGGUACAGCUCGCUCUGCUCUGCGGCCUUUACAUCCAAAACUUGCAACUCUCUGGCGAUGUAGCGCAGUUCAAAUCACAGGCCGAGACAUACCAAGGUAAACAGAGCAUUUCUUGCACUGUUUGUGAUGAUCACCUUCUGCUGGUUCUUAAUGGUAUGCUUCCAAGAUGCUGUGCUGUUUCGACUUGUGGCUACGUCACUGCAGCUCUGCUGGCCCAAAAUUCUGACUGCAUAUGCCCCGCGUGUCCAUCUGCUGAAGAAGCUGUUCGUUCUUCUCUUGUAUCUCUCCACCAGAAAUUUGAAGAGUCUAGUGAAAAGCUCAGCAAAGGAGUAGAAACUGUUAACAAGAAAAUAUCCAUGUAUGCGAAAAAGUUCGAAUCCUUAGUCGGCAAAGUGCAGAACUUGAUGCCCUUGGCUGGAUUUAAUAUCUAG